UCUCUCAGAGGUGAAAUGGCGCAGCGAGGAAUUCAGCUGGACCGGGAAAAACUCUGCUGUUCCAUCUGUUUGGAUCUACUGAAGGAUCCAGUGACUAUUCCCUGUGGACACAACUACUGUAUGAACUGUAUUAAAAGUCACUGGGAUCAAGAGGAUCAGAGGAGGAUCCACAGCUGUCCUCAGUGCAGACAGACCUUCAGACCGAGACCUGUCCUGGUGAAAAACACCAUGUUAGCAGAGUUAGUGGAGGAACUGAAGAAGACUGGACUCCAAGCUGCUCCAGCUGAUCACUGCUAUGCCGGACCUGAAGAUGUGGCCUGUGAUUUCUGCACUGGGAGAAAACUGAAAGCUCUCAGGUCCUGUCUGCAGUGUCAGGUGUCUUACUGUGAGCAGCACCUCCAGCCUCACUAUGAAUCUCCUGCCUUUAAACAACAUAAACUGGUCGACGCCUCCAAGAAGCUCCAGGAGAACAUCUGUACUCGUCAUGAUGAAGUGAUGAAGAUUUUCUGCCGCACUGAUCAGCAGUGUAUCUGUUAUCUCUGCUCCAUGGCUGAACAUAAAGAACACGACUUCGUCUUGGCAGAAGCAGAAAGGGCUGAGAGGCAGAGAGAGCUCGGGAUGAGUCGACAAAUAAUCCAGCAGAGGAUCCAGGGCAGAGAGAAAAAUGUGAAGGUGCUUCAGCAGGAGGUGGAGGCCAUUAAUCACUCUGCUGAUAAAGCAGUGACAAACAGUGAGAAGAUCUUCACAGAUCUGAUCCGUCUCAUUGAGAGAAGAAGCUCUGAUCUGAAGAAGCAGAUCAGAUCCCGGCAGAAAACUGAGGUCAGUCGGGCCAAACAGUACGAGGAGGAACUGCAGCAGGAGAUCACCAGACUGAGGAGGACAGAUGCUGAGCUGGAGGAGCUCUCACACACACCUGAUCACUCCCACUUUCUCCGCAAUUACACUUCACUGUCACAAGCCAGUGAAUGUACAGACUCCCCCAGCAUCAAUAUCCGUCCUCUGAGCUACUUUGAGGAUGUGGUGGCAGCUGCAUCAGAGGCCAGAGACAAAUUCUAUGACAUUUUUAAUGAGUUAUGGCCCAAGAUCUCACUGACACUGGCUGAAGUGAACGUUUUACUGCCACCAGCAGAGCCCAAGACCAGAGGUGAAUUCUUACAAUAUUCAAAACAAAUCACACUGGAUCCAAACACAGCUCACACAUUGUUGAUAUUACAAGGGAACAGAAAAGCAGCAGUAAUGGAACCAUCAUUUUUAGGAGUGGUGCAGUUUGCAGUAGACUUAUAUGUCAGAGAAUCAGAAUCACCCAGUUUCACUAACAGGAUUCAGGUCCUGAGCAGAGAGAGUCUGACCAGACGUUGUUACUGGGAGGUGGAGUGGAGUGGAGGAGGAGUUUCAGUAGCAGUCACAUACAAGGACAUAAACAGAACAGGAGAUGAAAGUGGAUUUGGACACAAUGAUAAGUCUUGGGUUUUAGAAUGUGUCAACAAAAGUUAUGAAUUCAGACAUAACAAAAGAAAAACUCCCGUCUCAGGCCCUCAGUCCUCCAGAGUAGGAGUGUACCUGGAUCACAGAGCAGGUGUUCUGUCCUUCUACAGCGUCUCUCAAACCAUGACUCUCCUGCACAGAGUCCAGACCACAUUCACUCAGCCUCUCUACGCUGGACUUAGGCUUGAUUUUGUAUCUACAGCUGAGCUGUGUGAGCUCAAGUAGACUGAUUCAAUUUUGUUACUGAGCUCUCUUUGCUGUAGUGUUUUAGUGCCGGACUUUCCAGAGAUCACCUGCCCAUCAGGUGACUCUGAUGUCUUCUUUCAUAUGUCUGAAAUUUUUAUCCAUAGUUUUUUAAAGAAUAACAAAAAUAAUGCAUUAGAAAUUAUAGAAAAAAAUAUACAUUUAUCAAUUUCAGAUAUUUCUUAUUUUAAUCUGUGCAGUGACAUUGUGAUAAGAACCAUUCCUGCAAGCUAAAGUAUAUCCUUUGAUUUGAAAGGUCAGGGCAACAGGGAGGUAUCUCAGAACGUGACACAUAUUUAGCAAAGAAAUGAAUGGACAGUUUUAAUACAGAGCAAAAUCUCAUGAUGCACUUUAUUAGAUUUUGGGGUAUUUGUAGUGAAAUACACAGAUUUUUGCCAAAUUCUAGAGAUCUUUGAAAAAAACUGCUGGUAUUGACAAUUUUAUUUAUGAGAAAUCUGAAACUUAUUGUGUGGUCUAUGUAAAUCUUUUCUUUUGUGUGUUUUCCUUCCUGUUUUGUUAUAUACUUUAUAUAUAUAUAUAUUGUUGCUGUCAUAUUUUCUAGUGAUAUUUUCUAGUGUCUCACUUCAUGGGACCUUAAGGAGCAGCAAAACAAGCCUUGUCUCUAUCACUGAAUCAUUAAUCAUAUGUUAAUCAAAUCAAUUAAUCACAAUUAAUCAAUCAAUAAAGUUAUUUUUGCUAAAGAAUUACAUUGUUGUAAGUUAUUUUUUGAACUCAUUAAUCAACUGUCAAAGCUGCUGGAGAGAACAUUAAAGUAAGUUGUAAC